UCAAAAAUGUGAAUCCAAAUGCCGCAAACACAGUGGAUUUUCUGCACUUUCACAGUUGUACAGUGCUAUAAAUGGCUGUGGACCCAACUGAGCCUAACCAUACUGAUACCAUACCAUACUUCCCCCAACAAAGAAGCACUGCACAACACAACAAAACAAAACACAAACACUCCUCACUUCCCUCCCCAACAGUGAUCUCCUCUCGGCAAUGUCCUUGAAAUCCCUUCCUCCUCAGCCAGCAACAGAGUUGAAGACAAAGAAAGAGUUCAUAGAUCUCUUGAAUGGAGGAGCAAGAAGCGAUACUUCAUAGACUAGACUAAGACUAGUUGUCUAGUGGCUAGUGAAUAGUGAGCGGUGGUUGGUUAAGUUCAUUCUAUUGAUUGCAGAGAGCGUUCAGGGUUACUUGAAAAAAGAACUCUUUUGGGAUUCUCAUUCAAUUUAAAGAGCUGGGUUAUUUGAUUUUUGAAGCCUAAGGAUGGAAUCUACUGAGACUCUGUUUGUGAUUUGAAGCCUAAGAGGCUCCUCAUAACUGGAGCGCAUGCACAGGAUUUGAUAUCUUUGGAUGGCAGAAAAGUUUGUAAAUAUGGAACUUGGAGAAGAUAGCUCCAGGUUUGGGUCUUUACCAGUCAUGACUUCAAGGAAUCUGUCAUCAUCAUCUUCGGUAUUCUUUUCGGCGAAUCAGUCACCCUUCUUCUCUCCUAGAUCACCAACAUGUCAUUUAUCAGAAUCCAAACAGUCCAACAGUCAGUGUGAUGGCAUUCGUUCAAGUAUUGAUCCUCCUAGUUGCAGUUCAGGAAAUCCAGAACCUGAAUCUCACGCAUAUGUUAGAAAUGCCUUGUCAGACAUGUCAGUGAUCCAAGAUGCCUGUAAUUCGGGUAAUUUCCAAAAGUUUGAACAUAUAUCUUCCUUAACUGGCAUCUCCAACAGCACUCCAUCUAGUUACAACCAUGACCAUGAUAAUGGUUAUUCAAGGCACAGAGAGAAGCAGAGAAUGCAUGAGAGAAGCUACCAAACCUCAUAUACUCCAGGUUCCAUUUCACUUUCCUCUAACAGAAUGAGGAGCUGUGAUGUCUUCAUAGGUUUGCAUGGACGUAAACCUUCUCUACUGAGGUUUGCUAAUUGGCUACGUGCAGAGCUGGAGGUCCAAGGGAUGAGUUGCUUUGUAUCUGACAGAGCUCGAUGUAGGAACACUCGCAAACAUGGAAUUGUUGAGAGGGCCAUGGAUGUCUCUUCUUUUGGGGUGGUAAUUCUGACAAGGAAAUCUUUCAGGAAUCCGUAUACCAUUGAGGAGCUGCGGUUUUUCUCAGGCAAAAAAAUUUUGGUCCCAAUAUUCUUUGACUUGAGUCCAGGCGAUUGCCUUGUCCGGGAUAUAAUUGAGAAGAGAGGAGAGCUGUGGGAAAAACAUGGGGGAGAGUUAUGGGUUUUGUAUGGAGGUUUGGAGAAAGAGUGGAAAGAAGCUGUUCAUAGCGUUUCUCGGGUUGAUGAAUGGAAACUAGAAGCUCAGGAUGGUAACUGGCGAGAUUGCAUUUUGAGGACAGUCACACUGCUAGCAACAAGAUUAGGAAGGAGAAGUGUUGUAGAGCGAUUGACUAAGUGGAGAGAAAAGGUAGAAAAAGAGGAGUUUCCUUUACCUCGAAAUGAGAAUUUUGUUGGUCGGAAAAAAGAACUUUCUGAGCUGGAAUUUAUACUUUUUGGUGAUGUUACCGGAGACUCAGAAAGAGAUUAUUUUGAGCUUAAAGCUAGACCCAGGCGAAAGAAUUUGACAAUUGGGUGGAAUAAGAGCAAUUCAUUGGAGGAAAGACGGAGGGAACGACAAUUUGAGAGUGCCAGCAGAAAGGGAAAAGAACCAGUUGUGUGGAAGGAGUCAGAAAAAGAGAUUGAGAUGCAAGGUACUGGUUUUCCUCAAAGGCAACACCAACAGAGGUCAAAAGGUGGUGGAAGGUAUGCAAGGAGAAAAAGAUCAAUGAAGAUUUUGUAUGGGAAGGGAAUUGCUUGCAUAUCAGGGGACUCAGGAAUUGGCAAGACAGAACUUCUUCUGGAAUUUGCUUACAGAUAUCAACAGAGGUACAAAAUGGUUUUAUGGAUAGGUGGAGAAAGCAGGUAUAUUAGACAGAAUUAUAUGAACCUCUGGUCAUUUUUAGAAGUUGAUGUAGGGAUUGAAAAUUGCUUAGAUAAAAACAGAAUAAAAAGCUUUGAAGAGCAGGAAGAGGCAGCCAUUUCUAGAGUCCGCAAAGAGCUUAUGCGAAGCAUACCAUUUUUGGUGGUGAUUGAUAACUUAGAGAGUGAAAAGGAUUGGUGGGAUCACAAACUUGUGAUGGAUCUUCUUCCCCGUUUUGGCGGAGAGUCCCAAAUAUUAAUAUCCACGCGUCUUCCUCGCGUGAUGAACUUGGAACCUUUGAAACUCUCAUACUUAUCUGGCAUUGAGGCCAUGAGUUUAAUGCAGGGAAGUGUCACAGACUUUUCAAUUGCAGAACUUGAUGCCCUUAGGGCUAUAGAGGAGAAAGUUGGAAGGUUAACUUUGGGGCUUGCAGUUACAGGUGCAAUACUGUCUGAGCUACCUAUAACUCCAAGUAGGCUGUUGGAUACCACUAAUAGAAUGCCCUUGAAGGACUUGUCAUGGAGUGGUAGGGAAGCUCAAUUGUUGAGACGAAACACCUUCCUUCUUCAACUAUUUGAGGUAUGCUUCUCAAUAUUUGAUCAUGCUGAUGGGCCAAGGAGCUUGGCAACCAGAAUGGUACAGGCAAGUGGUUGGUUUGCACCGGCUGCAAUUCCAGUUUCCCUAUUAGCCCUAGCUGCUCACAAGAUACCGGAAAAGCAUCAAAGAACCCGUUUAUGGAGAAAAUUAUUGCAGUCCUUAACUUGUGGUUGUACUUCAUCAUACAACAAGAGAUCAGAAGCAGAGGCUUCUUCCAUGUUGUUGAGGUUCAAUAUUGCAAGAAACAGUACAAAGCCAGGGUAUGUCCAUAUUAAUGAGCUCGUCAAGCUUUAUGCCCGCAAAAGAGGAGUGAAUGGAGCUGCACAAGCCGUGGUUCAAGCUGUAAUCGGUCGUGGGUCAAUAUCUCAGCACUCUGAACAUAUCUGGGCUGCGUGUUUCUUGCUAUUUGGAUUUGGUCAUGACCCUGUAGUUGUUGAGCUCAAAGUUUCAGAGUUGCUAUACCUUGUCAAAGAAGUGGUUUUGCCUCUUGCUAUCCGGACAUUCAUUACCUUCUCUCGGUGCAGUGCCGCUCUAGAACUUCUGCGGUUAUGUACCAAUGCUUUGGAAGCUGCAGACCAAGCAUUUGUUAUCCCAGUUGAGAAGUGGUUGGACAAAUCCCUUUGUUGGAGGCCCAUCCAGACUAAUGCCCAGUUGAAUCCUUACCUUUGGCAGGAACUGGCUCUAUGCAGAGCCACUGUGCUAGAAACUAGGGCUAAACUAAUGCUAAGAGGGGGACAAUUUGAUAUAGGAGAUGAUCUAAUUAGGAAGGCAGUUUUUAUUAGAACUUCAAUUUGUGGUGAAGAUCAUCCAGAUACAAUCUCUGCUCGUGAAACUCUGAGCAAACUCACCAGGCUUCUUGCAAAUGUUCAAAUUCAUACUUCACCAUAGAUUCUAUAUUUCUUGUAAGCAAAAAAUUUACUCUAGAAUUAUACAAAGGUCGCCAAUAAAACUGCUGUAUACUUUUAAGAGGAAUUUUUUUAUACCAUUUUAACUCUCAAUUAGAUGCUCUUAAAUUUCUAAAAAAUUUCUCUUUUUGUUAAAUAAAUGUAAAUUACAUUUAUUGGCCUAAUCUUGACUGUCAUUUUCAGACGCUUACUAUAUA